CAUCUCAGUAGCACAAACUGCUUCAGUUCAAGCGCCCUUUCAGUCUUUCUCUGCACAGAGAAUGGUGGCUGUCAGAGGUUUAGCUAAGGCCUUGGCUUCUCGCUGGGCCUUGAGAGGAUCUUUCCAGAAAAAGGUCAGCACAAGGUUGACCCCUAAAAUGCUGCCUACUCAGCAUAAGAUGCAGGCGGUUUCUGAUGGGGAGCUGAACAUGUCCAGGUUAUCAGGCACAGGUAGCAGCCCCAGUCUGAAUGGCUCCUCCUCUGGAAAUGCAGGUCCUCCUGGAGCGGACGGUCCAGCCAGCAGAGUGGUCAGCUGGGCAGUGUGCUUUGAGCGGCUGCUGGAGGACCCAGUCGGUGUCCGCUAUUUCACAGCUUUUCUCAAAUCGGAAGUAAGUGCCGAGAACAUCCUCUUUUGGCAGGCCUGUGAGAAGUUCCGGAAGAUUCCAUCUACUAAUCUGGAUGAGCUGAAGAAGGAGGCACGCACCAUCUAUGAUCUAUAUCUGUCUGAUACUUCCUUCCAUGCUGUCAAUAUAGACGACACGGCCCGCACUGAAGAGAGCGACCUAGAGAAACCCACACCAGACAUGUUCAGCAAAGCACAGCAACAGAUCUUUAAGCUGAUGAAGUUUGAUAGCUACGCGCGCUUUGUGCGCUCUCCACUCUAUCAGAAUUGCAUGCUGGCCAGUGUGGAGGGACGGCCACUACCUGACCUCCAGCCCCAGAACAAGGGCUCUAGAGAGUGUGUCGUGCCGGCUGGUGACCGGAAGAGUAUGGAAGUGAAAAUGGCUUUUUCGGAUAGCAAAGCAGGCAAGAAGAAGAUGAUGAUAGAGAAGAGAGGAUCAUGGGGAGCUGAUGUGUCAUACCGGCGGGUGACAGUAUCCAGACAGGAGUCUCAGAUUUCAGUGAAGUCCAGCAGCAGUGUGGAGCUGGGCUCCCUGCCCGGCAGGUCUGAGAAUGGCUGUUCGAGUCCCAUAGGUUUAGAUCCGGACUCGGGCUCCGGUGGUAUGCGAGCGGAUAAAUACUGCUGUGUGUAUCUGCCAGACGGAACCGCGAGUCUGGCUCCAGCGCGGCCCGGUCUGUCUCUGCGGGACAUGCUGAGCAGCCUCUGUGAGAAGAGAGGAUUCCCUCUGAAAGAUGUCGUCAUCUACCUCCACGGCAAGGACAAGCAGCCCCUCUCCUUGGACCAGGACAGUUCUGUAUUGCGGGACCAGCAGGUCCACCUGGAACUCAGAGUGACAUUUACUUUGGAGGUAGUGUUUGCGGGGAAGGCAUCAGGAAUAGUGGCGAAAUCCAGUAAAACUCUGGGAGAGGCUCUCUCCUCUGUUCUACAGAAGCACAACCUCCGGCUACAGGAUGUCGUCGUCAGUGUGAGUGGAUCAAAAGAACCUUUAAACAUGAAUACCAGCGUCUUCGGCCUGGCCAACAAGACCCUCAGUCUGGACAGAGCCAAAAGUGCCGGUGAAGUGAAAGGUGCUCCAGCUGCAGAGACUGGCCGAACAAGCCUAAGACCUAAAAGAAUGCAUGACAUGGAUGGUCUUGUAGAGAUGCUGAACCGUGCUCAGUGCAGCAGGGCAGAUGACCAGCGUGGUUUACUGACCAAAGAGCAGCUGGAACUGCCUCAGUUCCUGCAGCUCCCAGUGGAACAAAAGGAUGAACAGAGUCCUAAAGGGCCAGAAAGCCCUUCCAACCACACGCACUCUGCUGGGUCAUCAGAGGAGCAGAGGAAACGAAACAUUAACGGAGUUAAUAAAGACCCCAGUAAAGAGAAGACUGUAAAAGACUGCAAGAAGGACAAAAUUGGCUCGAACAAUGGGACAUCACUGUGAACAUGUGUGGGCAAGAAUUCUUUGUGUUGCACCGAUGCGUUUAUAUAUGAGUGUCAUCAGUAUUUGAUGUGGUAUACUUGGUGUAUUCCCACACAUGGUCCUUCAACCGAGAUCUUCUGGUAAAGACUGUGAACUGCCAAUUCAUACUGAUCUGUUUUUUAAUCUCUUUGUUGUGCUUUAUGUAUAUGUUUCAUUUUUUAUAGAGGUAAGAAAACUACAUAUAGAGAAAGUAUAUUGUUUGAAAGAUUUCUGUAAUGUGUAUUUAUUUUUCUAAACUGUGGAAUGUUUUACUGUUAUGAUCAAGAAUCAGGAUGCUCUUAUAUUUAUUUAGAAUGUUUUGCUACACUUACAUGAUUUCAAUUUGUUCUUGUAUGAAUUUGUUUCACUUGCAUGAAUUUGUUGUGUUGAAAAGCGCAAACGUUGUUGAAAAAUUGCAUUGUGUGAUUUUGUGAUUUUUUUUUUUUUUUUUUUUUUUUUUUUUUUUUUUGCUCUCUGCACUUUUGCCUUUGCUGUUCAGGAUCUAAUACAGUUUAAUGUUGGAAUGCAUAUUCUCGUGAGUGCUUUCUGUGCCUUGUUUAUGACCUAUGUAGAUCUGACUGUUCUUUCCAAUGGCACUUGGAAUCAUCAAAUAAUCUUCAUUCACAUUUCCAAUCUUGUUUCCAUUCAUUCCACAGCCCUGAGACUGCUCCCCUCCAGGUCACUGACGUUUUCAUUGCUGAUUCUAGGCCGUGUUGUACGUUAACCAAGAGUUCUGUCCCGCAUUCAUUUGGAAGGUUGGUUGUGCACAUGCUUGGUGUAUCCUUAAUGUCUAGCAGUUACUGGGUAACACUGCUACCAUCUUCACACAUGGUUCACACUAUGCUACACCAGUGAGUCCUCUGGCAAAACUUCUAAUGUUACACUCGCCUACCUCUGUUACAUUAAAUUGUAAGUUUCACUGGAUAAGAGUAUCUGUCAUGCAUAAAUGUUAAAUGACAUGGCCACAAAAUGCAAUAAAAAUUGUGUAGGAACUGUAUACCAUGAGGUAACGGAAGCAGCAUAAUGAACAAACCAUGACGACCGAACAAACACUUCUGCUCUCUGAACCUACUGUCUUUUCAAGAAAAACAAACGAUAAGAAUCUCUCAACUGUCUCCCAUACUUUUGACCCUGUUGUGCAAAAACAGAAGUGGUAAUCAAGAAAUGUCAACAUUUUCACCAUCAGACAACAGAUCUUCCACAACUCCUGUUGCCCAAGGUGUUCCUCAGGGUUCUGUUCUUAGCCUUCUACUGUUUAUAAUUUACUUGCUACCCCUUGGCACAAUUUGCUAUUAUGGUCUUUUUGUUCAAUACUAUGUUGACAACUGACAGCUAGUCAUGACUUUGAGCUUUGCAGUGGAUGUAAUGAUUGUCUUGAGAACUGCAAAGCUCCCUUUGUUUCUCUGCUGAAGUUUAAAUGAAUCCAAUGCAAUAAAUUAAUUUUACAAUAUA